AUGGUCAAUACCAGAAGGACUAAUGAUCCCCACUUUCUCUUGAGUCACAUCGAGUUUCCACAAGGCCGUGUGGAUUACAGAGCUAUCUUUGAUGAGAACGACCCAGAAAAGUUUGCCUUUAUUAAACUGUUAGAAGCCAUCAAUUUGAGAGCAAGCGAAAUGUCAGCUUUACAGCCUACUUUCCCAAAAAUGGAUUUAUCAGCCCUCUACUGCUUGGGCAUCACUAUUCAAGAGUAUGUAAGACACUUGAGCACAGAUGUGCUGGCGCAGAAGAGAGCAGCUGAAAACAAGUCGCCUAUCAAUAACUCUUACACGCCACAAGAGAUCAAAGCAAGAACAUUGGAAGCUGUCAUCCAGAAGUAUAAGCCUCAAACAAGCACAAUAGCAAAUGCGCAACAUGCUCCUCCCGUCACAGCACGCCCUAAUAUAGAUCAGGAGCUCCAUCAUUCAGCCAAGCAUCCCCAUCAUCAAGUCGAGAUCAAGACAUCUGAGAAAGCAGGUCGUUAUGAUAAGAUUGCGUCCGAUCCUAAAUGGACAGGAACACUUGUCAAAAGCCCUCGAGAUUUGAAAGCCAAUUCGGAACAAGCGGCUGCCAGAAGAGCCAAAGCAGAAGCAAAUCAGAAAAAGAGAUUAGAAGCCCAACAAGCAAUGAUAGAGAGGGAAGGGCGGCAGCAAGAAAAAAUAGAGUUACUGCUGCCUCGCAAGAGAGUGAGAUCUGCGGAUGAUGAUACCAAUUACGACAUAUUCGAUAAAGCAAAUCAUAGUAAACCGAAAAAAGCCAAGGGUUCUUCCCGCAAGAAGAAAAAGACAGCACCAUCAAGUCAGAAAGGCUUUUAG